AUGGGGGAAUUGAGUGAGUUUCAGAAGCGGAGGCUAGAGAAUAUCAAGAGAAACAAUGAUCUACUUAAAAAGCUAAACCUAAGUGGCGUUUCCAAUCAAAUCAAGAACGAAGCGGGUGCCAAAGAUGAACGCAAGCCGAAGAAGAAGGCAGCUAAGCAAAGGGUGGUCAAAAAGGAGCCCAAGCCUGAGAAAGUACCGACACGAAGAUCUAGAAGAUUAAUGGGAGAGUCGGCUGAUGGCAAGGAAGUCCCUCACGUUAGUGACUAUGAGCUCCUCAAGGGCAGCAGAUCUAAUGACCCAGAGUUGUUAGACAACCUCAAAAGUACGGCUUUAGUAGGAGACGUGAAGCUCAGCGAUCUCUUGAAAUCCGAAGAUGAAAACGAGCUUCUGGCUCGAUUCCAAAACUAUAACAGCAAGGGUUUCUCGUCUGGCGAUUUCUUCAAAGAGCUACAGAAGCACCAGAAGGUCUCCGAAGAUAUCCAGGAGCUACAGCAGGAGUUCAAUCUUGAACUUUACGAAAUUUUUCAGCCGAAUGAAAUCAAAAUUGUCCAGGAUCGCAUCAGCGCACUGUUUUUUCAUCCUUCCGUCGACCAGAAGUUGGUAGUUGGCGGCGACACAACAGGUCAUGUUGGUCUCUGGAAUGUCAUAGACGAGGAACCCAACGAUGAUCUCGCAGAACCUGACAUUACAACUGUCCAACUCUUCUCUAAGAAUGUCGCGAAAAUUGACGUUUAUCCAACAGACCCUGGAAAACUCUUGACGGCCUCCUACGACGGUAUGAUCCGCUCAAUUCAACUUGAUAGCUUGAAGAGUGAAGAGCUGCUUUCACUGAAAAAUGAGUACGACGAAUCUUUAGGGGUAAGCGACUUUCAGUUUAGCUACGAAAAUCCUAACGAGAUUUUCCUGACUACCCUGAGUGGAGAGUUUACCACAUUUGACACAAGAACUAAACCAACUUCCAUCAACCUGCGGAGGCUUGCUGACAAAAAAAUAGGUUCAUUCAGCAUAAAUCCUAAGAGGCCCUACGAAAUUGCGACAGGAUCUCUUGAUCGUACUCUCAAAAUAUGGGAUCUUCGCAAAACCGUUAAGAACCCGGAAUGGUCAGCCUUCGAUGACUACUCAAGUCACGAGGUUGUUUCCACAUACGAUUCUAGAUUGAGUGUUUCUGCAGUCUCCUACUCGCCUCUGGAUGGCUCUCUAGUUUGUAAUGGUUACGACGACACACUCCGAAUAUUCGAUGUGAAGGAUGUUCCUCCACAAGAUCUGCAGCCCAAACUUACGCUCAAGCACAAUUGCCAAACGGGGAGAUGGACAAGUAUUCUUAAGGCACGUUUUAAAGCCAACAUGGAUGUUUUCGCGAUCGCGAACAUGAGCAGGGCAAUUGACAUAUACCACAGUUCAGGCCAACAGUUGGCACAUUUGAAAACGGCCACAGUUCCUGCCGUAGUGAGCUGGCAUCCUCUCAAGAACUGGAUAGUUGGAGGGAACUCAAGCGGGAAAGUUUUUCUGUUUCAGAGCCCUAAUAAAGACUCUUGA